UUUUUCAUUUUUCUUUGAUCUGGAAAACAAAAGUGAAAGCUUAUUCAAAGAUCACAAAUAACGUAAUCUUUUUUUUUUUGCUUUAGAGAUCGUUUCUUGAUUCUGUUUCUCUUUUUAUUUUUACUUCUUCUUGAUUCUUUCUUAUGGAUGGACAUCAGCAUCAUCAUCAGCUUCACCACCUUCAAUACCUCAACAAGCAUCAUCUUCAACAUCCUCAUCCCCAAUCGCAAUCGCAGACGCCAGAAAUAGCGUCUCCGGUUGUGGGUGGGGAUAGGUUUCCACAGUGGAGCGUUGAAGAGACGAAAGAGUUGAUAGGGAUAAGAGGAGAGCUAGAUCAGACUUUCAUGGAGACUAAACGGAACAAGCUUCUUUGGGAAGUUAUCUCUAACAAGAUGAAAGACAAAAGCUUUCCUCGUAGCCCUGAACAGUGCAAGUGCAAGUGGAAGAACCUCGUCACUCGUUUUAAGGGGUGUGAGACUAUGGAGGCAGAGACAGCGAGACAACAAUUCCCUUUUUAUGAUGAUAUGCAAAUUAUAUUUACCACUAGAAUGCAGAGAAUGCUAUGGGCUGAAUCCGAGGGAGGAGGAGGAGGAGGAGGAGGAGGAGGAGGGGGAACAAGCGGGACAGCGAGAAAGAGGGAGUAUUCUUCAGAUGAGGAAGAAGAGAAUGUGAAUGAAGAGCAAGUAGAUGUCAGCAACGACCCGAAAAUCUUAAAUCCGAAAAAGAACAUUGCGAAGAAACGAAAAGGCGGUAGUAAUAGUAUUAAUAGCAACAAUGGUGUAAGAGAAGUUUUAGAAGAGUUUAUGAGACAUCAAAUAAGGAUGGAGACUGAGUGGAGAGAAGGAUGGGAGGCGAGGGAGAAGGAGAGAGCAGAGAAAGAAGAAGAAUGGAGAAGGAAGAUGGAAGAGCUUGAGAAAGAGAGAGUGACAAUGGAGCGCAUGUGGCGAGAUAGAGAGGAGCAAAGAAGGUCGAGGGAAGAGAUGAGAGCAGAGAAGAGGGAUUCACUGAUUAAUGCAUUGCUUGCUAAGCUUACUAGAGAUGAUUGAUUCUCUCUAAUCUUUCUCAACUAUUCCUAAACUUAGAUAAGUACAUGUUCUUUUAUAUGCUUGUUUGGGGUGUAGUGUAGGUUUCAUUAUUUGGUGAAGGAAUAGUUAGUUUAUUCAUGGAAACACACUCAACACUCGUAUAUUGUUUGAUGUGAGGACAUUUUGAAUUUUAGUGAGACCUCAGUAACAAUUUAACCCCA